AUGAACGGAGAAAUCUUCAACGCCAAUCCAACUGUCUAUGCUUCCAAACGCUCUGCCAGAAAAUCGAAGUUCGAGGCAGGGCAGUCACUAUGGAUUGACGAACAGUACCAGCCCGAGCUCAGCAGCGAGUCCGAAGUGGAGCCUAUUGACGAGGAUGAGAUAUUUGGUGGGUUUCAAGCCUUCUUAACUCCUAAACUCAUUCAAAUCACACACAUUGUUACAGACUUGAUCCGCUUUAUUGCAGAUCCUGAGCAUCCUAAUUCCCUUGAAGAACUCAGGGUAGUAUCUGCAGAGCAGAUCAAAAUCGGCGACAAUCACAUCAUGGUCGAAUUUACUCCCACCGUACCUCACUGUGGGAUGUCGACGUUGAUUGGGCUGUCCAUCCGUGUGCGACUGAUGCGAAGCUUGCCUCAGCGUUUCAAAGUGGAUAUUCGAGUGAAACCAGGAUCACAUCAGAGUGAACUUGCAGUUAAUAAACAGUUGAAUGAUAAGGAGCGUGUUGCCGCUGCUUUGGAGAACGCUGCCCUAUUGGAGACACUAGAAAAGUGUCUAGAGCCUGUUGGAGGACCUAACAGCCUGUAG